GCCGCUCUAGGCGGAGCAGCACCUCUCCGGCUCGUCCCCCGCCCCCUGAUACCCGCUGCUGCCGCCCAGAGGGGAAGGGAACCUGGCGCCUCUGCCGCCAGUUUCCCCGCGCGGGGCGCUGCGCAGAGCUGCGGGGGUGGGCGCAGGAGGAGACGCCGAUGAAUGAGUUCUCCUCUCGCCUCGGAGUUGUCUGAGUUGGCGGCACCGUGCCGGGCUUCCGGCUCCCAGCGCCCCGCGCACUCGCGGCUCCCGGCGCUGCAGCCCACGCCCGCGCCCGGGGCUGAGCGCCGCGCCGGGGAAGCUGAGGCUCCCGAGCUGCUGUCGCGGCUCCAGUCCGGGGGAAAGGAGGGUUGUUUCCCAGCGGAGGCGCACGGCUUCGCGCACUCUCCGCGGCCCCUCUGUCUCUCCAUGGCGUCUCAUCAGCAAUCCCGGAUCCAGGCUUACCUGGAGAAGAACAAGAUCGGUCCCCUGUUUGAGGAAUUAAUGACCAAGUUAAUAACUGAGACACCUGACCAACCAAUCCCAUUUCUCAUUGACCAUCUUCAGUCUAAACAAGGAAACCGGGGACAACUUCAAAGAACUUUGUCUGGAUCUGCAGCUCUGUGGGCAGAAAGUGAAACAUCAGAACAUAAAGGAACAAGAAGGGAUUUCAGAAGCUAUGAUAAACCCUGGCAAUUACAUGCAAAGAAGCCUAAAAAGUCAAAAAGUGACCUUGCCGUGUCUACUAUUUCUCCACCAUCACCAGAGUCCAAAUCAUUGCCAAGGUCAGUAGACCAUCCUAAGUGGAACUGGCGGACUAAACCAGAAAGCCGUGAUUUUGAUGAAUUGAACCACAUCCUUCAAGAGAGCAAGAAGCUGGGAAAAGCCCUUGAGAAUCUCUCUCGAAGUAUUGCAAUUUCAGAUGAACUCGAUAAGGAAACAGUGGCAUUUAAUUCUUCGCUUCUGAGACCCCGAGUGAUUGGAGAGUGGAUUGGUCGGGAAGAGAAUGAUGCUGAUCCACUGGCCGCUGAAAUGCUACAACCCCCAGUUCCAAGAAGUAAAAAUGAACAAUGGGAAAGUGAGGAGAGCAGCUGUAGCCCUGCGGGAAGCUUAAAGGUGGAGCCCAAGACUAAAGGAUUAAAACAGCAGCAACAGCAACAUAAGAAGCUUCUGGCAGCAAUGCUUUCUCAAGAUUCUUUUGAGUCUGUCCACAGCCCUACCCCAUCUGUAACAGAAGAAGAUAUUGAUAAUGAAGAUGAUGCAAUGGAAUUGCUGGAGGAUCUUGAUGAUUUAAGAAUGGAGGGAGUAACUACCCUGGUACCUUCUGGGAGCAAAUUUAACCAAAGUCGUGCUACUCACCCUGCUGAACCUCAGGCCAAGGUCACACUGAACAUCUGUUCAAGGUGUGCCAGGCUUCAAGGAGACAACCUGGCAGAAAGAACAGAAGAGACAUCACAAAUACUUCAUUCUCCAGAUGAAAUAAUCCCCGAUUCUUUGGAUUCCUUACCUGGGACUGAAGAAGCGCUAGUGGAGGAGGAUGAAGAAUUUGAGAAAGGGUCUAAAUUACCAGGACCUGGAGAAGCCUCGAGUGGAGGACAGCCAUUGAAAAACUACAUGGAAGAAGAUGAAUCUUUAAAGCAGUUGCAGGUAGUUCAUCAGCCGUGGAUCUUGCCAAGUGACACAGAAAGUGAAGGAGUGGAAGCAGAACAAGAUAAACGUUCUGCUGAUCUCCUUCUUUGUGUUCCGUGCUCUUCUUGUCCUACACUGGUCUACUCUGGUCUGUGAAGCAGGCAGAAGAAGUUGCAAGUGGUCCUUAAAGAAAUUGCAAUUAUUCAAAUCUUUAUGUAUAGUUCUAAUUUUAUUUACCAUGUGUAAUCAUUUAGAGAAUGGUUAUUUUUAUAAUAUCAGUAACAAACAAGUACUCUUAUAACCAGGGGGUGCCUAAGUGUGUCAUCAGAGAACACUAACUGGCAAAAGAUUCCAGGGUGGUUAGGAUGCUGCUUUUUGACAUGGUUAGUGUCCUGGGUUUAGAUUACUUUAUACCUAGUUAUUAAGAUUACUAUUUGAUAUGUUAAAUAUUGCCUGAUCCAAAUAACUUUGCUUAAAACUUUUCUGUAUUUUAACUUGUCUAGGGUUUUCUACCUCUUAUAUUUUUAUAAUAUUUUCUCAUUUUUUAGAUUAACAAACAUUAUACUUACCCACAUGUGCCAAGAUGUGCCAUUUAGGUCUCUCUACGAGUCAACUGUUUGGUAUCAUCACCUGCCAUACGUGUUUUGCACAUCAGCAAGAGACAUAUUCUCCACCACUGUUUCUUCCUCCGAUUGUCUUCCCUGUUCCCAUCAAAACAAUUGAUGUUAAUUCAAUAAAGCAGAUCAAUAAGGAAUGAAAUGCAUGCCCCAAAGCAUAUGCAAUGAAAAUUGUUUGACCAGUUAUCCAAUUAUUGAACCCAAUUAUGAUUAACCAUUUUAAAUUUGAUAUAUGCUCGCUUUUGGAAUGUGUAAUGCAAACUGAUGCUAAGUGAAUGGGUCUAAGUAAAUCUCUUGAGUAUCUCUUUUGUCUGUUUUAUCUUAUUUGUCUUAAUCAAAGUUUGCUUUCUGAACCUUUAAGGCAUAUGGUUAAAUUAUAAAACUGCCUGUAUAACUGUCAAAGAAAUAAACAUUAAAGGCUAGAACAUGGCUAAAGAAUAAACGAAA